UGCAUUACAAGAUCAUUCUUAUUAACAAUCCAUUUGUUCCCUACAGCAAUCUGCACUCAUCAAAUUAAAGCAAAACCAAUCUCUCAUCUUUGUCUUCUUUUCCCUUUUUUCCCCCCUUCAUUUGUUGCAUUUCUGAAAAUGGCUGAGGCCUUGCUUGAAGUUGUGCUGGAGAAAUUGACCCCUUUGAUCCUGAAUGAAUUUGCAGCCUUCUUUGGAAUCAGGGGAAAGGCUGAAGAGAUGUCACGCACUUUAGAACUCAUCAAAGCUGUUCUUGAUGAUGCCGAACAGAAACAAUGGUCUAAUCGUCCUCUGAAGGUGUGGCUGCAGCAGCUUAAAGAUGCAAUGUAUGUGCUGGAUGAUAUCCUUGAUCAGUUGCCUACUCAAUCCUCUCAACUUGGGUGCUUAACUUCUUUGAACCCAAAGAAGGUGAUGCAUCGUCGUGAACUUGGACAGAAGUUGAAUGAGAUAACAGGGAGGUUGGAUCGAAUUGCUCAAGAUAGGACCAACUUUGAUCUUAGACAAGGUGUGAGGGAGAUCCCAAGUGAAUCGCGCCAAACUAGCUCAACUAUCGCCGUUCCUCAAGUGUACGGACGAGUUGAAGAUAAAAGGAGAGUUGUGGAGUUUCUUCUUAGCCCAUCACGAAGCUCCGAGUUCCUUUCCGUCUAUCCCAUUGUUGGCUUUGGUGGUCUCGGGAAAACAACACUUGUUCAGCUGGUCUACAACGAUCCAGACGUAGGUAACAAAUUUUAUUUGAAGAUUUGGGUGUGUGUUUCUGAGAAUUUCACGAUGGACAGUAUUUUGCGUUCCAUUGUAGAAGCUAUCACAAAUGAGAAGUAUGAGCUCAAGGCUUUAGAUGUAAUGGAGAAAAAAGUGAAAGAAUUGCUACAAAGUAAAAAGUAUUUACUGGUUUUAGAUGAUGUCUGGAAAAGAAGCCAAGAAAUGGAAUUGGGAUUAACCCAAGACAAAUGGGAUAAGUUAAGAUCGGUAUUGUCAUGUGGAUCUAAAGGCUCCUCCAUUUUAGUAUCCACUCGUGAUAAGGAUGUUGCAACAAUUAUGGGAACAUGCCAAGCUCAUUAUUUGGACCGUCUAUCCGAUGAUGAUUGUUGGUCGUUGUUUAAACUGCGCGCAUUUGGACCUGACAGAGAAGAGCGUGCAGAGCUUGUGACAAUAGGGAAGGAGAUCGUCAAGAAAUGCGGAGGAUCACCUCUUGCAGCACUGGCAUUAGGAGGUGCGAUGCAUUCUAGAAGCACCAAAAAUGAAUGGCUUGAAGUUCAGAGAAGUGAUCUUUGGAGUUUACCAGAUGGGAAUGAUAUUAUGCGUGUCUUGAGAUUAAGCUAUUCUUGUUUAACGCCAACUCUAAAGCAGUGUUUUGCUUUCUGUGCCGUAUUUCCCAAAGAUACAGAAAUCAAGAAGCAAGAAUUGAUUUAUCUUUGGAUGGCUAAUGGAUUUAUUUCAUCCCGGCGAAACUUGGAGGUGGAGGAGGUUGGCAACAUGGUUUGGAAUGAAUUAUGCCAAAAGUCAUUCUUCCAAGAUGUCAGGGUUGAUGACUUUUCUGGCAAGAUUUAUUUCAAGAUGCAUGAUUUAGUCCACGAUCUUGCUCAAUCAAUUUCAGGGCAAGAAUGUAUAUGCUUGGAGGAACAAAACCUUAAUGAUUCUUCAAGAAACCCCCAUCAUAUUGUUUUUCACGGCAUUGAUAAAGAACAAUUCAAUAAGAGAGCCUUUGAAAAAGCUGAAUCCUUGCGGACAUUGUAUCAACUGAAUUCGGAUGAAUUUCCCUUCAGCUCUAGAUUGAUUCCAACAAAUAAUUCGCUUCGAGUUUUGUGCAUAUAUAGUAGAAAGAUACCAUCAUUUGGGAGUUUAAGUUGCUUGAGGUAUUUGGAACUUUGUAAUUUGGAUAUAAAGAGCUUGCCUGCUAGUAUUUGCAAUUUGCGUAGAUUGGAAAUCUUGAAACUAAAAAAAUUGUGGAGGCUUCGCCGUCUACCAAAACACUUGACGAGGAUGCAAAAUCUCAGACAUCUUGUCAUUGAACUUUGUGGUUCUCUAUCUGAAAUGUGUCCAGACAUUCAGAAACUGUGUGAAUUGAGAACACUAAGUGCAUACAUUGUGAAAUCAGAGAAAGGGCAUAGUUUGGCAGAAUUACAUCAUUUGAAUCUGAGAGGAGAGCUUAACAUCAAAGGCCUAGAAAAUGUUGGGAGUAGAUCUGAAGCUGAAGAUGCCAAUUUGAAGGAUAAACAAGACCUUCGAGAAUUAAGCUUGUCAUGGUCAAGAAGUGGUGGUAAGACGAAGUCGAUUGUUGGAGCAGAAGAAGUACUUGAAGCGCUUCAACCUCACUCCACACUCAAGCUGUUGACCAUACAAGGCUAUAAGGGAAUGCAUUGGCCAACUUGGAUGGAAAACAAUUCUGCCACCCACAAUUUAGUUUCUCUUCGACUUGUGAAUUGUGGAAAGUGCGGGCAUCUUCCUCCAGUGGGAAAACUUCCAUUUCUGAAGAAGCUUGUGGUAAGUAGCAUGAAUGAUGUGCAGUACAUUGAGGAAGAUGAAAGUUAUGAUGGUGUUGAAACAAUGCCAUUCCCAUCUUUGGAGGAAUUGCGAGUGGAGAGAUUGCCAAAGGUGGAGAGGUUGUUGAAACGGGAAAUAACACAUAUGUUCCCCUCUCUUUCUACCAUAGAAAUCACCGAUUGCCCUAAACUGCAAUUGCCGUGCCUUCCAAGUGUUAAGGACCUCACUGUUUGGUAUUGUAGCAAUGAGCAACUGAAGUCAAUCUCUAAUCUCAACGCUCUUAACCAACUUCAUCUUUUUCAUAGUGAUGAAGUGUCGCGCUUCCCAGAAGGAAUGAUGAACAACAUGACCUCCCUUGCAACUCUGGAGAUACAAUAUUUCAGAGAAUUGAAGGAACUGCCAUCUGACAUCACAAAACUCACUGCUUUGUCUGAUCUUGGCAUUUUUGAAUGCGGUAAGCUGGAGUGUUUACCAGAACAGGGUUGGGAAGGCUUAUCUUCACUUCGAAAACUGUUAAUUCUUUACUGUAAGAGUUUGGGAUCCUUGCCUGAUGGUGUCCGGCACUUAACUUCACUUGAAUAUUUGAGUAUUGUUGGCUGCCCAAUGUUGAAAGAGCGGUGUAAGAAAGGAACAGGGGAGGAUUGGCACAAGAUAGCACAUGUUCCCCAUGUAUAUUUAAUUUAAUGUAUUCUUAGUUUAUACACAGCUUAUUCAUUAUUUUCUUUUUAUUUUGUUGUGUAUUUGCAUAAUCAUGGUUUUAAUAUCUUGUAUUGUAUUUUAUCUUCAUUUGUAUUGUUCUUUCAUAUUACACAGCUUAUUCUUGAUGCUUCUUAUAUACUUCAAUUCCUACUAUAAUUAAGUCAGUAACAAGUCAACUCAUUCUUAGCAUGUAUAAAUGGAAUUACAAGUCAUUCACAGCAGUGCAAUAUAUAAAUGUUCUCUUCAAUUU